AUAGCAUUAGCCAUGUAGUCAAGAUGUCUUAAGAUUAGGCAAUUUUGGAACAUUGUUACAAUUGUUAUGUUUAAUGAAACUACCCUCAUCGUAUUGUUACGGAUUUCGGCGUGACUGUUGGCGGCUUGAGUGAUCUGCUGUUUUCGGCGGUAUGUUUCAAGAAUAGUGAACUCGCUUCUUUUUUUCUUCUAGGUCAGGAUUAUUUAAUUACUGGAUAUGGGUCAGAGUUUAUGACAGUGCUAGGGAUGCGCCCGUUACAUGUGCGGCUGCACUUUCGGGAAGAAGAACCCGUAUCCUUGCUUACGUUGCCGUCAGCAUUGUUAAAUACAAGCAAGCCCUAAAUAAUGCAGUGCGUGCAUUUUUCUCCAGCUGGGGGAAGUGGGACGUAUAUUCGUAGCGCUCGUCGCUGGUGUUGGUGUUGUGUAAUAGUGGUGGUGGUGUUUGGUGCAAUAGUGGUGUUGCUGUACUGCCGAUUCUGCUCAGAAGGGGGGGCUGCUGCCUAAUAACAAACUGAUUUAAAGCCCCCCCACAAAAAAAAUAAUUUCCAUUUACUCUCUUCUUCGGUAGUGAAACCUUUGUUUCCUCCUUCUCUGUGAAUUUAUUUUGACAAUUAUUUCCUGCAGCUAGCCCCCCCGUAUUUCACCUGCCAUUACGAUUUUACUGAUUGGUUAACAUCUCAGUACAAAUAUAUUUAUAUCUGCGGUGUUUGCGGGAAGAAAGAAACCGAUUUGCUUGCAUCGCAGUGGGUGCAAAGAGAUGGAAUUAGUGCCCGAAGGGAAGAACUUCAGAUUAGCUCAAGAAAACGAACUUCCAGAAAUAUUGGACUUCCUCUCGGAACACUUGCCUGACUCGCUCAAGUUCCACCAGACGCUGAAGACUUAUCUCAAUGAUCGUGUGUGGCAAUUCUACUUCUACGUGAGCAAGAGCUGGCCCGAGACUCGUGUGUGUAUGCACUUCCCUGGAAUGACGAGUUCGCCCCACGGUCGGCUGUAUGAGAGUUUCAGUGUCUUCUGCCCAUGUGAACAACUCGACGAUUUACGAUUGGUGGAGGAGGAGGACGUGCUCAUUGAUUGGAGUCGCCCUAUAUACCUCAACUUCACUCAUCACCUCAUCUUGGAGCAUCUGGAGAACUUCUACACGGCAUCUAUAGGCACCACAGACAAAGUGUGUGGUGACAUUUAUGUAUGCACCAGUCCAUUGGAGGACGUCCAGCCCGAAGAACUACCUCCAGAUGGGGCAGAAAUGCUACAGCUAAAACCAGAACAUGCCAAAGAAAUUCACGAUUUGUAUCCUGCCAAUGACAUGGAAUCAGUGGAGGUGUUUGAGAAGCUGAUCACUGUGUUACCAGCAUAUGGUAUUUUCUCAUCAGGUGAGCUAGCUGCAUGGAUGGUCCAGUCAUACUAUGGUGCCAUGUUCUCCAUGCAGACAAGGCCUGAGUUUCGUCGCAAGGGAUAUGGCAUACACCUUGCACAGUAUCUCACCAAGGUUGUAACUUUACGAGGCUACAUCCCGUAUGUGGUGAUUCGGCCAGAAAAUGAUGCUUCACUGAGCUUGUAUAAGAAGCUGGGAUUUAAAAAACAUUAUCAGACAGUGCGUGCUGUUCUGCGACCACAUGGCUAUGACGAUGCCAAUGAUGCACCUGGAGGUGGUGGAAAUGAUGAUGAUGAUGAUACUGCUGCCCCCUCAGACGAUUGAAUGUCUGAUCAUUCGGUCAGGUGAAACUGCAGCACAAUGCACGCUGAUAAGGACAAACAUUGCCAAGCUCCCUUCAUCUUCUCUCUUGCUUCCAUCACUGCAUAUAUUUAAAAUACUAAGAAUAUAUUCAGUUCAUUUCAUGUGUGCUGGCACAGGCCUGGGAUCUAAUUUCAUUCAGACCAAUAUCAUGGUUCACUCUGGUAAUUUUAAAUUAUGCAUAAUUUGUGAAUAACCUGCAGUAUAAAAUUACUGCUAUUCUGUGAUAAAUAAUUGUUAAAUGUUUAGUGACAAAAUUGAUCACUUAGUUUAAUAGGAUAUUGAUCUAAGUUGUAUAAGAAAAGACUAGUUUUAUAUUGUACUUUGUUGCUGAUCCCUGUGUUGAUUUUUAGGAAUUUUAGAAUUUGGCAUGCCUGUACAUAAUGGAUUUGAGCACAAGUACCGUAGUGUAAUAGUAAGUGGACAUGGUCAAUAUGGGGUACAGACCAUUGCCAGCAGUGACAAGCUGACAGUGAAGUGAAGGAGUCCAAAUUCAGUGAUAACAUAACUUCUUAAUUACCAGAGUUGACCACAUUACCUUGUGCAGUAAAACCCAGGUGACUUGAAGUGUACAAGUAUGCAUUUAUAAUAUCAUAAAAAUAAUUCUGUUUCUUACAAAUUAUGUUACUGUUUCUGACUGUACUAAAUUAAACUUAUAAGGUAACUGGAAAUAUGUUAUAUGAAAAUAGUGCCGUUGUAAUUAGCAUUUUGACAAUUAGAUUCAGCUGCCGACAAUUUAGGUAUUUAAAUAAUCAUCUGUACAAGAGUUAAUUGAUGACUAUGUCAAUAGUUAUUUAUUUCAAGACAAUGAAAUAUUUUGAAUGUACUGAUCAUCAUCAGGUGGUAUAAGGUUUACAAAUAAAUCACUUAUUAAUGAAUUGUCAUCUUUCUAAACAAAUACUUAUGGAGAAAAUAGCUGUUGAUAUAUUUAUUAAUUAAUUGCCAUGUAAAUGGUUAUUAACACCAUUUUACUAACAUGCUGGAGAAUGCAAAAACUAAAGUUUAUCAAUGCUGAUAAUCUGUUUAAUCUAUGCUUAUUAUUCUAUUGGAAUUUCCUAGUAUGAAAAACAAAAAUAUUAAUUUUGUAAAG